AUGUCCUGGCGGAUACAGAUGGUGCUGUACGUUAGGCAGGCGGAUGUUCUCUUUCUCUGUGUGAAGGUCGCGACGACUGAUGAUGAUCCGAUUACCGCACACAGCACAGCACAUAUCAUCCACAGGCAACUCUACACCGUAGUACCACCGUUCAGAUAUCGAAGUGUAAGUUUGCUCUUGCUGAUAAGUUUACGGCAAGCUUUUCACAAUAUCAUUCACUUUUUCAGCACGCUCAAGAUUCCGUUUCCGACCAAACGGGAAGCCGAGAUAGCGUACCAUGUGCUGCGUGUCGAUAGUGAACCGAAGCGUAGCUUCAUCAACAAAUUUCUAAAACUAGAAGAGAACGUACUGCUGCUAGAAUUGACCGGGGAACAGGCGAAAAACGUGCGCGUUGGUGUGACAUCGUUUUGCGAACUGCUGAUUCUUUGCUGUGAAACGCUCGACCAGUUUGGUCCACCGCUGUCGGACAAAUACGCCCAUUACUAA